AUGAUCCCGCGCUGCACACCGUAUGAGAACAGCCCGCCACUCCGCCCGCACAUUUUGACGGUUGCAACGCCGGGCAUCACCGCACCGCGAGCGCAGAUCUCACGAUACACCGCCACUGACGGCGUGGACGUUCUCGAGAAUACAUGCAGUUGGCAUCCACCAAGAAAUGAUAGUAUCUAUCACAAUAAUAAUAAUAAUAAUAAUAAUAAUAAUAAUAAUAAUGAUAAGAAGAAAAAGAAGCAUUGUAGUUGGUGUUGGAAUUGGAGGAAUAGCCAUAGUAGAAGGUAUGCUGCUGUGGAGGAUGAGAAUGUGGAGUUAACAGCAGAAGAAGAUCCACCACUUUUAUAUCAUGCCACUUGCAAAAUAGCACCUCGAUUAUUACAUAAUGUUGUUGCCUCUCCAGAAAUGGAUGAGAUGGUAUAUAAUAAGUGUAGUUUAAAUCCUAUUCAUUGGUUAUUAAUGUUAAAGGAGUUUAUUACUGCCUGUGCCUUCUCUAUACGUCCUAAGAAAUUUAUGUACUCUUAUGUGUGUAAAACAAAUUUGGCAGGAGAACGAGAUCAGGCGGUUUGUAAACGUGAAAUAAGAAGAGCUAUUCGUAUAAUGAAACAACGUGAAAGAGAAGAUUUACAUAUUAAUACUAUAAAUAGUAUAAACAAUAGUAAUCCUCAUCAUCAUCAUCAUCAUAUUGAUAGUGAUAGUAAUAGAGAUAGUCCAAAUUCUCAAUCAUCACCAGAGCGACCUCUUCGUCUUCGUUUAGUACUUUUUGGUUGUAGUCGUGGGGCCACAACAACUUUCUAUACAUCUAUGAAACUUCCAUUAGAACUUGCCUCUUAUGUUUCUCUUGUAGUCCUUGAAGCCCCAUUUGAUACUUUACAUGAUGUUAUUGAUUCUUCUUGUUGGUUUCCACGAUUUACAUUAUGGUUUUUUCGUACCUUUUGUGAAUAUAAUGGUAAUGAACCAUAUUCCUUUGAUCCUCAACAGGUAUACUUGCGGUGUCCAAUAGCGUUUGUGUUGUCUGUGAAAGACACUCGUGUACCAAAUAAACUUACAUAUCGAUUGAUAGAAACAGUGAAGAGAGAGUGUCCUCAGAUUCCUGCAGUGGAAGUACUGGAGUUAAAACACAGUCGUCAUCCAUUAAUGGCAGUUGGAAAUCGUCAGGAUCAAGAUGCGUAUGUUGCCUUUAUGGAACGUUUGUAUGAUACCUACUGUAGUUGA